GUUCGACUAGUCAGCUAGUCUUAGCAUCUAUUUCUGGCAAGCCGUCGCUUCAGCCAGUAGCAAUCGCUUUUAGUGUCAUUAGGUAGACUCACUGGUCUCCGCCUCGUUGUGACGGCAUGAUGAACUUCAGUAGAAAGAAGGAAUCGAAGAUGCGCAUUCGGGCUUUCCCGAUGAACAUGGACGAGAAGUAUGUAGACGAUAUCUGGCAGCUGCUGAAGAAUGCCAUACAAGAGAUACAGAAGAAGAACAAUAGUGGACUGAGCUUUGAGGAGCUAUACAGAAAUGCAUACAAUAUGGUUCUUCAUAAGCAGGGUGAGCGGCUAUAUAAAGAAUUGAAGGAGGUUGUCAGGGAUCAUCUGGUUGUCAAGGUUAGAAAAGAUAUGUUUGAUGCAUUGCAUAACAACUUCCUUGAAGCUUUGAAUAUGGCUUGGGCUGAUCACCAAACAGCCAUGGUUAUGAUUCGAGAUAUAUUGAUGUACAUGGAUCGGGUCUAUGUACAGCAAGCCAGUGUAGACAGUGUUUAUGACAUGGGGUUGAUAUUGUUUCGAGAUGAGGUAGUGAGACAUGGUUUGAUCAGAGAACACCUAACACAAACUCUAUUGACUAUGGUGGCUUGUGAGAGGAAAGGCGAAGUUGUCGCUAAAUCAGCAGUGAAAAGUGCAUGCCAGAUGCUAAUGGUUCUGAGCGUGGAGAACUCACGAAGUGUAUAUGAAGAGGAUUUUGAAGCAGCUUUUCUGAAGCAAACUGCAGAAUUUUAUCAGAUGGAAAGCCAAAAGCUUUUGGCUGAGAAUAGUGCAUCUGUCUAUAUUCGUAAAGUUGAUGGUCGGAUUAAAGAAGAGGCCGAGAGAGCUCAUCAUUAUUUGGACCCUUCAACAGAGGAGCCAGUCACUCGUGUAGUCGAGACCGAAUUGAUUAGCAAGCAUCUUCAUACUAUUGUUGAGAUGGAAAAUUCGGGCAUUGUUCACAUGUUGAGACAUGAUCGAGUGACCGACUUGGCGUGUGCAUACAGUUUGUUUAGUCGUGUGCCUGAUGGACUGUCUGUAAUGGUUGCGUGCAUGAGCAAGCACCUUAGAGAGGUAGGAAUGGCUCUUGUCAAGGAAGAUGACACAGAAGCAGCAGCCGGAGGAAAAAAUGCUAUCCCAUUCAUUCAGAGUUUAGUGGAUCUGAGGUUGAAGUAUGGUCGUUUCUUGUCGAAACCAUUCCAGAAAGAUUUUACAUUUGCUCGUGCUAUAGCUUCAGACUUUGAGUAUUUUGUUAAUCAAAAUCCGAAGUCUCCAGAAUAUCUUUCACUUUUUAUUGACAGCAAAUUGAAGAAAGGACCACAGUCGGUAGGAGAGCAAGACAUUGAGAUUGAUUUGGAGCGCUGCAUGGUGUUGUUCAGAUAUCUACAAGAAAAGGAUGUGUUUGAACGCUACUACAAGCAACAUCUCGCAAAACGUCUCUUACUUAACAAAAGCAUGUCGGACGACUUUGAACAGAAUAUGAUAUCAAAACUGAAGACCGAAUGUGGUUGUCAGUUUACAAGUAAGCUGGAAGGAAUGUUUAGAGACAUGACACUGUCAAGCAGCAGCAUGGGAGAUUUCCGCACUCAUCUUUCUAAAACAGGGAACACACUCGAUGGCAUUGAUAUGUCUGUACGUGUUUUAACAAUGGGUUACUGGCCUACACAAGCUCAAGCGACCACGUGCUUUGUGCCUCCUUCUGCGAUGAGAGCAUUUGAGUGUUUCAAAAGAUUCUAUUUGAAUUGUCACAGUGGACGGCAACUCACUUUGCAGCCCCAGAUGGGUUCAGCUGAUCUUCAUACUCAAUUCUAUCCAAGCAAAGCAGCAAUAGAAAAAGCUACUGAAGGAGCUUCUGCUAUGUCUUCAAGUUUGAAGAGACAUGUUCUUCAAGUCUCUACAUAUCAGAUGUGUGUACUCAUGUUGUUCAACAAUCGAGCUGAAUGGACUUUUGAGGCUCUGCUUCAGGAGACAUCUAUACCUGAGAAAGAUCUUCAUAGGGCUCUACAAUCAUUGGCAUGCGGUAAGCCAGCACAGAGGAUUUUGAUCAAGAAUCCCAAGUCGAGAGAAAUAGAGGCUUCACAUUCGUUUCUAGCCAAUGAUGGAUUUCAGUCGAAGUUGUAUCGAGUGAAGGUGCAAGCAGUGACAACGAGGGGAGAAUCAGAGCCUGAACGGAAAGAAACAAGACAGAAAGUGGAUGAUGACAGGAAACACGAGAUUGAAGCUUGUGUGGUUCGUAUAAUGAAAGCUCGUAAGAAAAUGUUACACAACGAUCUUGUUAGUCAGUGUAUUCAGCAACUGAAGGCUCGCUUCAUGCCGAAUCCGGUUAUUAUCAAGAAGCGAAUUGAAGGAUUAAUAGAACGAGAAUACUUGGCUCGUAGCCAAGAAGACAGGAAAACAUAUACGUAUGUAGCAUAGUGUUGGUAUUCGGGGGACUCGAUUGUUAUGUUGUAGUUUUAACGAACUGUACUUGUACAGACACUUUCUUCAGUCAUGUACAAUUGACAAUAUAUUUUCUUGCUUAAAUUUGCAUUCAGUAGCUAAUUCUAUCACUAUUGAAUGCAGUUAGAUAUUAAUGUAAUAAGCAGUGAUACAGACAAACUUGUUUUAUGGUGUCCACCUGACAUUUUGACGUCACA